AUGUCUAUUACAUAUAGUUCGAUAUCAGGCAUUUCCAGUUGUAGUUCAAGUUAUUCAGUUCUUCCGUGCUCCAGUAGCUCAAAUAGCUCUAUCUUUAGUAGCUCCAGAAGCUCAAGUAUCUCAGUCUUCAGUAGUAUAGGUUGUUCAAGCAGCAUUCCUUCUAUCAGAUCAAGCUCUAUCAGCAGCUUAGAAAGUAGUUUGAGCUCAGAAUCAAGAAGCAUUUCCAGUAUUUUACCUCCUUCCUCCUCUUCAAGUGCCAUCAGAAGUUCAGCUUCAGAAAUUUCCAGUUUUCGUUCAAGCUCUUCAAUUCUUCCGUGCUCCAGUAGCUCAAAUAGCUCUAUCUCUAGUAUAUCCAAAAGCUCAAGUAUCUCCGUCUUCAGUAAUAUAAACAGUUCAAGCAGCCCUCCUUCUAUCAGUCCAUGUUCUAUCAGCAGCUUAGAGAGUAGUUCGAGCUCAGAAAGAUGUUCAGCAUCAGGCAUUUCCAGUUUUAGUUCAAGUUAUUCAGUUCUUCCAUGCUCCAGUAGCUCAAAUAGCUCUAUCUCUAGUAGCUCCAGAAGCUCAAGCAUCUCAGUCUUCAGUAGUAUAGGUUGUUCAAGCAUCAUUCCAUCUAUCAGUCCAAGCUCUAUCAGCGGCUUAGAGUGUUCUAUACCUGGCAUUUCCAGUUGUAGUUCAAGUUACUCAGUUCUUCCAUGCUCCAGUAGCUCAACUAGCUCUAUCCCAAGUAGCUCCAGAAGCUCAAGUAUCUCAGUCUUCAGUAGUAUAGGUUGUUCAAGCAUCAUUCCUUCUAUCAGUCCAAGCUCUAUCAGCGGCUUACAGAGUAGUUUGAGUUCAGAAUCAAGUAGUGUUUCCAGUAUGGCUCCUUCCUCCCCUUCAAGAGUCAUUACAAGUUCAGCAUCAGGAAUUUCCAGUUGUAGUUCAAGUUAUUCAGUUGUUCCAUGCUCCAGUAGCUCAAACAGUUCUAUCCCUAGUAGCUCCAGAAGUUCAAGUAUAUCAGUAUUCAGUUGUGGAAGUUGUUCAAGCAUCAUUCCAUCUAUCAGUCUAAGGUCUAUCAGCAGCUUAGAUCAUAGUUCGAGCUCAUCAGUAUCGGUUUUAGCUUCAGCCACCAUCAUCUCUCCAUCUAUCAGUCUAAGGUCUAUCAGCAGCUUAGAUCAUAGUUCGAGCUCAGAAUCAUGUAUCGUUUCCAGUAUUUUACCUCCUUCCUCCCCUUCAAGUGCCAUCACAAGUUCGAUAUCAGGCAUUUCCAGUUUUAGUUCAAGUUAUUCAGUUCUCCCGUGCUCCAGUAGUUCAAAUAGUUUUAUCUCUAGAAGCACAAGUGUCGUAACCAUCAUUCCUUCUAUCAGUCCAAGCUCUAUCAGCAGCUUAGAGUGUUCGAAAUCAAGCAUUUCCAGUUUUAGUUCAAGUUAUUCAGUUCUUCCAUGCUCCAGUAGCUCAAAUAGCUCUAUCUCUGGUAGCUCCAGAAGCUCAAGUAUCUCAGUCUUCAGUAGUAUAAUUAGUUCAAGCAGCCUUCCUCCUAUCAGUCCAAGCUCUAUUAGCAACUUAGAAAGCAGUUUGAGCUCAGAAUCAAGAAGCAUUUCCAGUAGUUUACCUCCUUCCCUUUCAAGUGCCAUCAUAAGUUCAGCAUCAGGCAUUUCCAGUUGUAGUUCAAGUUCCUCAGUUCUUCCAUGCUCCAGUAGCUCAAAUAGCUCUAUCUCUAGUAGCUCCAGAAGCUCAAGUAUCUCAGUCUUCAGUAGUAUAGGUUGUUCAAGCAUCAUUCCUUCUAUCAGUUCAAGCUCUAUCAGCAGCUUAGAGACUAGUUCGAGCUCAGAAAGAAGUUCAAUAUCAGGCAUUUCCAGUUGUAGUUCAAGUUAUUCAGUUCUUCUGUGCUCCAGUAGCUUAAAUAGCUUUAUCUCUAGUAGCUCCAGAAGCUUAAGUAUCUCAAGCAGCCUUCCUUCUAUCAGUCCAAGCUUUAUCAGCAGCUUAGAGAGUAGUUCAAGCUCAAAAUCAAGCAGCAUUUCCAUUCAAGUUAUUCUGUUCUUCCGUGCUCCAGUAGCUCAAACAGCUCUAUCUCUAGUAGCUCCAGAAGCUCAAGUAUAUCAGUCUUCAGUAUUAUAA